AUGAACAACCUCCUGCUAAUUGGUCUUCUCAUCGCCCCGUCCAUCUACUGCGGACAGAAUGAAAAGGGCCCUCGAGAGCGCUGCUCCGUUGACUUGUCAGUCAACAGAGCCUUUUAUGCUAUUGGAUCGGCAAUCGCCAAUAUGAAUAAUUUGAGAUACGUGGAAAGCCUGGAGCCCGCCAUUUUCAAGGAGCUCUUCAAAACCGGCGGAUGUGAGAUUCCAGAGGAUGUCACCAUCGGCAACUAUCAAAUCGCAGGAGCUUCGUUCGAACCGGGCCAGAUUGAAAAUCCAUUAUUGUUGCAAGCUGGAAGUACAGUGAUGGCUUGUGUUCAAUCGAUUUGUAUGAAGGAUGCAAGAACAGUUACCACAUAUAUUGUUGAUAUUCCUGUUGAUACUCCUAUCCAUGGUAAACCUGGAAGUCAAUGCCCACCAGGCAGAAGCAAUGGAAAUGAACUUUCGUUGUGUGAUAUUGUGGAGAUUGAUCCCGUUGGAAAUGGUCGUCGUGGAUACGUUCGCAAAGACAUCGAUGAGGAUAUGCUCAGCAAGAGGAUUGACGAUGAGAUUCUGAUGAAAGAUGUUGAUGCUAAAUGGCAGUUUCCACAAGAACUAAAAAUGCCGAAUCCUUUUGGUUAA